AUGGUAAAGACGGGUAACGUUUCUCUUGAGAAACGGGAUGCAGUGUGUACCUUACGUGAUGAGGGAUUGCCAAUUAGAGCGAUUGCUGAAACGCUGCAUAUAGGACGGAACACGGUGUCUCAAAUUUUGAAGAAAAAGAGAGAAACAGCCAGUGUCGUAGAUUGUCCACGCAAUAGAAGACGCAGAGUUACUACUGUUCCUGAGGAUAGGCUUAUAGUAAUAACAAGUAAGCGUAAUAGACAUUUAACUUCACCUGAACUCACCCACAGCUUGAAUAGAACGAGGGAAAACCCUGUGUCCGUGUCUACGUUAAAACGCCGCUUACAAAGGGCUAACCUUAGAGGAUGUGUAGCAACACGCAAACCACUACUGCGACCUAUACACAAACGCAACCGGUUAGCAUGGGCCCAAAAACACAAGGAUUGUAACAUUGACGAUUGGAAUCGAGUCCUUUAG